CAGCAGUGGCAGUAAUGCGCCAUAACGUUGUUUGUGAACCUUCAAUAAACUCUAAAAGGAGAAGAAGAAAAAGGAGGAAAGUAAGAAAAGAAGAAGAAUCAUGCUCAGUUUUCAGCCGAAUUAAAAGCUUCUGCGUGACCCACGUUACCAUGGCAGACCGCGAGGAGCGGCGCUUUGCAGAGGUUUCCAGGGACUCCAUCAAACUCAUGGCAGAGAGCACUGGCGUUGAUCUUGCUGAUGAUGUAGCUGCUCUUCUUGCUGAAGAUGUGUGUUACCGCCUCAGGGAGGCAGCCCAGACUAGUUCUCAGUUUAUGAGACAUGCCAAAAGACGGAAGCUGACUGUGGAAGAUCUGAACAGAGCUCUUCGUUGGAGCAAUGUGGAGGCCGUCUGUGGUUAUGGGGCGCAGGAUGUUCUGCCCUUCCGUUCGGUCAAAGAGGGAGAGCUUUUCUUUGUUGAGGAUCGAGAAAUUAAUCUGAUCGAGCUGGCUCUGGCCACCAAUAUUCCCAAAGGUUGUGCUGAGACAAUGGUGCGAGUUAACGUGGCGUAUCUUGAUGGUAAGGGCAACGUAGAGCCUCAGGGGACAGUUCCCACUGCUGUGCAGACUCUGUCAGACGACCUCCUCAAGUACUACCAGCAGGUUACAAGAGCCAUCCUGGGAGAGGACCCCCAUCUCAUGAAGAUGGCUCUACUCGACCUUCAGUCAAACGCUAAGAUUGCUGCCCUGCUUCCAUACUUUGUUUAUGUCGUCAGUGGAGUAAAAUCAGUAAGCCAUGAUUUGGAGCAGCUCAACAGGCUCUUGCACAUGGUGAAAAGCCUGGUCCAGAACCCGUACCUGUACCUGGGCUCAUAUGUACGCAGCCUGGUCUCCAGUGUCAUGUACUGCAUCCUGGAGCCACUAGCUGCCUCCAUCAACCCACUCAAUGACCACUGGACCCUCAGGGACUAUGCAGCCCUGCUCCUUAGCCACAUCUUCUGGACUCAUGGUGAUCUAGUGAGUGGUCUCUACCACCAGAUCCUGCUUUCUCUUCAGAAGGUUCUUUCUGACCCAGUCAGGCCACUCUGCUCCCAUUACGGAGCUGUUGUGGGCCUUCACGCUCUGGGUUGGAAGGCUGUGGAAAGAGUUCUCUUUCCACACCUUCCUGCUUACUGGGCCAACCUGCAGGCUGUCCUGGACGACUACUCGGUAUCUAACGCACAGGUCAAAGCAGAUGGCCACAAGGUCUAUGGAGCCAUACUGGUGGCAGUGGAGCGUCUGCUGAAGAUGAAGGCCUUGUCUUUGUCCCAGUCAGCAGAAGGAGGAGCAAAUGCUCAGCCAGGCUCCAUAGCAGGAUCUAUGGGUUACAGAGUGAGCUCCCCAGGUCUCAGUCCUCCUUCAGAGCCUUUGUCAGAGACUGUUCUUGGGAUUGCCAGCCACCUCCAAGCAGGGGGUGCUGGCUGCCCCUGGGAAGAGUGGUCCCCAGUCCCUCUACCUGCAAUGUACAGUGAGCUCUACUCCUUCUUUGGGGACAGUCUGGCUGUCAGGUUUAGCACAGGACCAGGGUUUGGGAGCUAUCCCCCUUGCACUCCAGCCUGUUUUAGGGAAGCCAGAAAGGAACCCCUCGGCCCAGUUGCUAACCCUGACACUGCCCGUAAAAUGCCUCAGCUGACGGCCAACCUCAACAUCAGCCCACGACAGGAUGGGAGCCCUCGCACUGAUCCUCCUCCUCCGAGCCUUGCAGCCACAGGAGCAGGAAGGUCUUUGGCUCGUUCCUCCUCCGUGCAACGCUCCAGAUCUUCUUCGUCACGUUCAGGCCAGCGUUCAGCAGGUCUUUCUCGUGAUGUUUUCCCCAAGGCCCGUUUUAUCUCGUCACAGUCAGGACCACCAGCAUUCUCCUUUGUCAUUGGUGGACGGCAAAUGGGUCGGCGGUGCCAGGGCCGCCGACCUUUUCAGACCACUUUUGCCUCAACGUCAUCUCUGCCUGCCAACCCACCUCGUGCCUAUGCCCAUAAACUACCUGUAAUCGGCAGGGUAGGCAAACCGGUGCGCCGCUGGACGUCUUCGCAUUACUCGCUUUACCUGCCUCUGUAGAGAGCAGGCUCACAGAUGACCUGCUGCAGUGGGAUGCAGUAGGUGUGGACUGAUAAAUACUCUGUUGGUUAUUAUUGUUCUCAAUAAACUUUCAGCAGCUGCUCCUGUGAUGUUUUUGUUAAAUUUCAGGAGAUAUUUUCGGUCCUUUUGAGAAAGCAAAUACGAACCUCAGUGGUUCAGGAGACAGAACAGUUCUGGGCUGGGUUCCUGUGGAGUGUGUCAGGGUCAGCCUGGGGGCCCAUCAACUUUACAUUUGGGUCUGUUUUGUUAUUUUCACAAAGUCAGAACCUUUUCUAAAAUGUUUGUAUCUUUGAGGCUCUUUAACAGUGGAACUCUGUACUGUUGUUACAACCACCUACAUAUUUCUCAUAUUGUGUUCCUGGUCUGCAACUUAUUGGUGUUUUUUUUUAUUCAGUUGUUAAAAUCUUAGAAUAACGACAGCGUGAUUGAUUUAGAGCUGGAGCGAGUCUUGGAUUUUCUAUCAGAAUGUAUUGUAGAAUAAAAUGCGCUCCUCCAGAAGUUAACAUAGAUGUUAAUGUUUUAAUUAAGUGUUGGGUUUUCACCACAAUACCACAGAAUCUUCUCCUGUCGGUGGAGGUUGUGGAGGGUGGAGUGAACCACUCAACUGUACUUCACCCCUCUUCCAGGGUGGAGGAGAACAACCCUUUAUGCUUACUUAUGCAAUGUUAAAAUUAAAGUAAAUAAAAUAAAA